ACAUAGGCUAUGCUUACGAACAGAGUCUAUAAAGGUGGUGGCGUACAUCUCAAAGGACGUGGAAUGUGGAGCAUGUGGUUACUGCUACAAGUGCUAUAUCAGCGUUAUACUAAAAGCACAUCCGAGUCAAGUAGCCUACUGUGCUUUCUGCUGGUAGCCUACCAUCUAUUAAUAAAAGAUAGCCUAUUGCUGUGAACAAAAUAGUUACAUAUAUGGCUUGAGGAGGGCCCAAUUAGCGGAAGCGUUUUUAAAAUGAGGAAUAAUUGCAUUGGUUUAUCGGCUGUACUCAGAUUUCGAGAGCAAAACAAAUCUCAUCACAAUAGUAGCCUAUUACGAUAUGAAACCUUACGCCAUAGUCCAAUCAGUUAGGUAGGCCUGUUGACUGUAAUUUUAUAAAAGUAAGCUAGUGUAUUAGCAAUUGCAUAAAAAAUAAAUGUGAAUGUAUAUCCUAAUCGAUGCUCCGCUCUAACGUAUACAGUAGUGGGCUAUUCGCUAUUACUCACGAGUCACCCAAGAAGUCAUGGAAUUGUAUUUUGCCGGUAGUUGUUUCGGCGUCGAAAUCAGGGAACACAUCUCCUAGCAAGAGACCUGGCAUGGCUGGCUGUGGCUGCAAACGGUUACCCAGCACGUCAGUGAUGACUUGGAUGGAGGUGAUGAGAGGCGAAGGCAAAAUAUUAGGCGGGGCAGUGGAAACCCCGGUUAAGAAACGUUUUUUUUUUAUUCCGAAAGUGACAUUUACAUUUUCGCUUCUUGUUAAGAUAUGUUAUAGUAGCACUAAAAACAUUGUUUUUGGAAUUUGAAUAUGCUGCGAAUUUAAGUUCAUGACUCAAUUGUCCGACGAGUGCACUCUAUAUUACUUUCCAGCAAUGAGUUAAAAUGAAGACCAAACUUGUCAUGUCAGUUAGUGUCACGUGACUCAAUCCAUCUCGCAACAGUUGGCAACAUUUUAACUUCAUUGUGUCCGGUGCUUGAGUUUUGAGGAUGGUGCGAGUUAAUACGAGGAUAUCAUUUAAUACAAGCCAAAUCGAAGAACAAAUGAAAUAGCCUACAUGCUAUAUUCCACUUUUUCUUUUCUUUUUUACCACCCGGGGAAUAAUGCCGUCGCCCAAGCAAAGGAGGAAUAGCAGUCGUAGUGGAAGUAUCAGUGGGGCAGCUGUCAAUGGAAAAUUUGAGUUUGCUACAGUAACACGUUACCGGGUGUCAGAGUGCCCGUCCCGCCGCCGAGGCUCCAGUUGCACACAUGUCUCCUCAGUAGCACAGACAGAGGAUUUUUCUGUAAGCUUGAAUCAGUCAAUUUUUGUUAUCACCUUCAGGUUGUUUUUAGCCAUAGACUUGUGGCUGUCAAAGCGGCUGGGUGUGUGCGCCUGUGAGGACUCUUCAUGGGGCAGCAUACGACCCCUGGUGAGGCUGGUGGAGCUCUCUGGCCAUGCCAUUCCGUGGUUCAUCGGCACCUUUUAUUGUUUACUCAGAAGCGAGACCGUCACAGAACAAGAGAUGAUGCUGAACCUUGUAUUAGCUCUCCUACUGGAUCUGGCUCUGGUCAGAAUAACAAAGACCUUGUUCCACCGCCGGAGGCCGGUCCAGAACCGCUCCGACAUGUUCUCCACCUUCUUUGAGGAGCGUUAUUCCUUUCCCUCGGGCCACGCCACACGAGCUGCCAUGUGUGCCCGCUUCCUGGCGGCGCAGCUGGUGGGCACAGCCCCCAUGCGGGCGCUGGUGCUGGCCUGGGCUGCCAUGGUGGGACUGUCCCGUCUGCUGCUCGCCAGGCACUAUGUGACAGACGUGAGCUUUGGCCUGGCCAUGGGCUACUGCCAGUACAGCCUAGUGGAGAGGUUGUGGGUGUCCUGGGCCUGCCUACAAGACCUCCUGCUUCUGCUGCUGGGGGAGGGACAAGCCGUUGUAUAGGGUACUGGUGGAUCUUACCAGGUUUCAUCAAAUGAGGGAUGCUAUCAAGGUGGAGGCCAGAAAAUGCAGAGAAAAUAACUUUGUGCCUUCAGCAAAAUAUUCUUUGAGCUCUUCCAAUGUUUUUUGUUGUUGUUUUAAUUGAUUAUCAUUUGUCUAUAUAUGUGUUUGUGUGUUUAUAGCUUGUGUGUCCUACAUGUCUGUUACAUUUUCAAGUGUGAGGUCACAGAGGUUUCACUGCGUUGGUUGGAAUGGGAUGGUCUAUGGGUUUGUAAUGUAGAAACACACAUGCAAUUUUAACACACAUUUCAUUUGUGUGUUAAUUCUUUUGCAUAUCAAUCCACAUGAGGAGACUGUAUGAUGUUAAUAGAGAAGAGAGAGCAAAAGGAUUAAGAGAGUUUGUGCAUGUGGAUGAAAGUGAUAUAAACGUUAUCUGAUCUUCAGUGGUUAAAAAAUUAUUCCAUGCGAUGCUUGGCAGUCCAGUGCCCAUAUACGGUGCUGUGGUAUUGUACUGGCUGACAGGGUUUGUGUGUGUGGGAGGGGGUUACCAAACCCUCAACAAAGUUUCCAUUCGUUUGCAGCUGCUACCAAGUCUCCUGACUGUCAUCAUAACUCAUCCCCCCUUACAGUGUUGGUCACUCCCAGCCCCAGUGUCAUCCUCCCCAAUGCUGCCCAUCCCUCCAGCCCUUUAGUGGAGAACCUGAGUUUAUGUAACACUGGCCUAAAGAAUUAUUGUUGGAGGUUAGAGAGCAUUCAGCCUUGUCAUCUCUGUCAGUACUGCAGUGGGGUUGACUGGGCUUGUGGUACAGCUAAAAUACGUGGGCCUAUAAUGGCUUAUAGGUAGUGUAUUUACAUGACUUGGAACAGAUCGAAGCAGUUCUAUUGGUCUCUCAAAUGACUUGCAAUGUGUUGCACUUGGCAAACCUAACCCACGCAAUUAUGUGUUUCGGUUCUAGAUAUUGUAUAGGUUUCGCUUUUAAUAGUAAAGUCAUUCAAUUAUACACACAAUCAUGGCCACUUUGUUGUCCUUUAAUAGCUUUUAUUGAAAGCUCAGUUGAUAUAAUGGUUACUUGUGAACAAUAACAUAACAGAUGACAAUUGGUUAAACAAAGAAAGUGGAAAUCGACAAU